UCCCUUCUUGGAAAUGCUAAAGGAGCGAUUUUUCGGCGGGAACGGGUCAUCGGCGGAAGCUGCUCUGCCGUCGGAAUUGAAGUCCGGCGCAGACGCCGACCAGCUUCCGCGUUCCUCGCUUAAGCUCGGAUGGGAUCAGCCGAUGCAGCACGACGCGCAUGCUUACCUGCAGUCGGACCUCAGCUCUCUGGUUCUGUCCCCGUCGUUCAACGCGCCGACAGGCAACGAUGGCGUGGUUGUUUGCGAGCUUGUCGGCCGGCUCGGAAGCAUCUGCAAGUCGGGGGGCAUCUCUCCUACUUCGCGGUGCCAAGUCGUCCGCAUUUCCUGUCACGCCACGCCACUCAAUUCGCCUCCCAAGCUCAACCUGUCCGCCACGAAUCACCAGCCGCAGGGCGUUCCCGCGCAGGGGAACCAAAUGGCGGCCUCGCAAUUCGCGCCGUUCGCCGACGACCCGGGGCUCGUGGAAAAACCCGCGAGGUUCCCUUGCUUCGGCGCGAGGAAUCGCGUCGGCAUCGGGGCGCAAUUAGGGCUCGCGGAGGCGGGAAAGUUGCCUAGGGUUUCGAGCAGCCAGUCUCUCAUGGCAGCCAACAACGGAAAAGGGGUAGCAAUAUCUGACGCGACGAUGGAAAUGUCCAGAUUUGGCGCUAGGGUUUCAUACUCGUCUUCGCCGGGAGCUUCAUCGGCGUCGGAUAGUUUGGCGACGACUGGUGCCGAGAGCAAUGGGAGGAAGCGGAAAGCGGCUCCAAAGUGCAAAGGAAAAAUCUCGCCUUUGUCUUCCCCCAACAUGAAUCCUCCCAAGGAGGAAAAUUCUGGUACAAAGAAAUGCAAACUGCGCGAGGAUCGUGAGCAGAACAUCAAUGGUAGCCGGAAACUGGGAGAAGAUGCCAAACCGCUUGAACCGCCGAAGGAUUACAUCCAUGUCAGGGCAAGAAGAGGGCAAGCCACCGACAGCCACAGCCUAGCCGAGAGGGUCAGGAGAGAAAAGAUCAGUGAGAGAAUGAAGCUUCUGCAAAAUCUUGUGCCAGGUUGCAGCAAGGUGACAGGCAAGGCUGUUAUGCUCGAUGAGAUCAUCAACUACGUGCAGUCGUUGCAGCGGCAAGUUGAGUUCUUGUCCAUGAAGCUUGCCACCUUGAAUUCCCAGCUAGAGUUUGAUAUGGAGACUCUCCUCCCGAAAGAUGUGCAUCAUGCUCAUGUACCAUUUCCACACCAACUGAAUGAACUAGACAUGCCGAGCUCAGCUUUCUCAUUUUCUCAGCAGCCUCUCACGAUUGCUGUGCCCGACAGUGUCGAUGGAUUCACUGACGCCACAUGUCAGUUUGUGGAUUUCGAGGAGGAUGACCUCCACCAGUACGUUGUUUGGAUGGGCUUCGGGGAGAGCCAAGCGACUGGACACUCGCAGUGAAUUUUAUAAUUGCUUAGGAGUAGAGAUGUCUUUUAUACAUAACUACCGAUCAAACACAUUUGUGUGAAACAAGGACAGGAACCUCCAAAGUAGGUAUUGUGAAGAACUCAUGCAAACGAUGGUAUACUGUAUUAUCCUCAUAGACUAUAGGUGUAUGUUGGAAAUUGGGUAAAAAUUUAAAGGACCUUGUUUUAUAAAGUAUUCAUUUUGAUAAUAACUAAAAGAAAGUACCCUUUUUUCC